AUGGACUGUGUCUCCCAUUUGCAGAAGACUGUUAGGAAUCAUGAUAAUCUAUCAUUCAAGCUUCGGCAUGCACCUUUUGAAGCCUUGUACGGCAAGAGAUGCCAAACUUCAGUCUAUUGGUUUCAAGAUGGAGUACAUUUAAUGGUUGGGCUAGAAAUGCUUCAGAAAACUAAGGAGCAAGUUAGGCUUAUACAAAAAAGGUUGAAAGCAGCUCAAAGCCAUCAGAAAUCAUAUGCUAAUCGGCGUCGAAGACCUUUGGAGUUUAAGGUGGGUGAUCACGUGUUCUUGAUAGUAUCAAGAACUACGGGUGUACGACGAGCUCUGAAGGCCAAGAAGCUGACGCCUAAGUUUAUUGGGUCGUAUCAGAUAUUGCAUCGCAGAAGACCCAUAGCCUAUGAAUUGGCACUACCGCCUCAGUUAGCAGAACUGCAUAAUGUCUUUCAUAUGCAUCAGUUAAGGAACUACAUUCCAGAUCCAACUCAUGUGAUUGAACCAGAUGUUGUGCAAAAACGAGACGAUUUGUUGAUUGAGCUUCCAGCUGCACAUAUUGAAGACACUAAAGUUAAGGAGCUCAGAGGCAAGUCAAUUCAACUAGUAAAAAUUGUUUGGGAUCCAGUUACUGGUGAUGCCAUGUGGGAGUUGGAGGAUCAGAAAAGGGAGCAAUAUCCUCAUCUCUUUUAUGAUGAGUGA